CUGUUGCAGUAUCGAGUCUUUAUUCAAUGUGAACGCGUAUCAACUCUCUGUAAUCCUUUUGUAUUUUCUUGAACGUAUUUUCUAAUUAUUUAGGUUAUGCCAGUUUCGGAUUGUGUACGGUUUAGUUGGCGUUUCGUAUCAUAAUCAAUUUCUUUAUUCUUCAAAUGCCUCAGAAUGAUGGAAGACGAAUCCAUGCGUGAAAUGUAUUCUUCUGCGGACACCGAUCAAACUGAUGAAAGCUCCAGCAGUACGCUGUCUCAAUUCGAUCCCAGUUCUCGACUCAUCAAGGAAUUUGACAUCUUGGGCCAUAUCGGAAGUGGUGCUUUCGCUAAUGUUUAUCAAGUGCGUAAUAAAUUGGACAGCAGUUUGUACGCCAUUAAAAGAAUCAAAUUGAAUCUGAGCAAAAGUGAACAUUUGGAUGAUGGAAAGAUCAGGAAGGAGGUUGAACUGCUAUCGAGACUCAAUCAUCAAAAUGUAGUUCGUUACUAUAACUCUUGGAUAGAAGAUUUAGAGUCUCAUUCGGAAAGUUCCUCAAUCGAUCAAAUAGUGGAUCGUGAAAGCGAAAACGAUUCAUCGAUAGUGUUUGAACGUGGACUUUCAGAUGAAGAAGUUAUUGACGAAAAUAUUAGUUCCGUGACAACUGAUUCAAAUUAUCGUUAUACGUAUAUGUACAUUCAAAUGGAGUUCUGCGAGAAGAGUACUCUGCGAAACGCGAUUGACAACAAAUUAUACCAAGAUCAAGACAGACUUUGGCGGUUGAUUGAACAAACUGUUGAGGGAUUAGCUUACAUACACGAGAAUGGAAUAAUUCACAGAGAUCUGAAACCGGAUAAUAUUUUCAUCGAUGGCAAUGAUCACGUAAAAUUAGGCGAUUUCGGUCUGGCGACGUUAAAUAAUGCUUUACAAGGAGAUACGAAGGCAUCCCAUACUGGAGACGUUGGUACUCCGAUGUACGAUGCUCCUGAAUUGAAAGUAAAUUCCGGUUUGAAAGUUCGUUAUGAUCAGAAAAUCGAUAUGUACAGUUUGGGCAUCAUAUUUUUCGAAAUGUGUUAUCCUCCUUUUCAAACUAGCAUGGAACGUAAAAAAAUGUUGACCGAGUUGAGAGAAAGUCCGGUAAAUAUUCCUAGAUAUACAGAUCGUUCUGUGAACAAGAAACGUGGUUCGAAUCUAUCGCAAGAUUUACUCUGUCCAAAUGAACGACAGACGAAAUUAAUUCGUGAAUUAUUAGAUCAUGACCCGGAAAAACGUCCAAAUUCUAGCGAAGUAUCGAAGAAUGGGUACCUAGUUCUUGAUAAAAUGUGCUUACAUUCCAGUGCCCAACGUAUGGAUCCGAAUACAUCUUUAGAGAACAUAUCGUCGUCUCGAUUAACGUAUCUGGAAGAUUUUGAUUUUCACGACGCAGACGUACGAAGAGCCAAUUUGCUAGAGAUGAUGAUCGAUAAAGCUCGUGAAAUCUUUCGUCUACACGGAGGCAUUUACUCGUCUCCUUGUUUGCCAUCUGAUAAUAUCGAAAAUCCUGCGUCGUUCGAUCACCUGCAAUCGUUCGCUUAUUACCUAGUUGACCAUCCUCGUAUUACUCAUAUGAAACGAUAUACUUUCAAUGAGGUGUCAUGUGAAUCUUCGUUCAUGAAAUCAUCGUUACCGUUCAAGUGUGCGAGAUUUGAUAUUGUCAGUCCUACUUCGAUGAACUUAGCGAUGGAAGCUGAGGCUUUACUGAUAGUCUGCGAAUUCCUGGAACGAUUUUUAGGCUGGAUAGAGAUGGAUGAUUUUGUAAUUCGACUCAAUCACAGCCUAAUGGUACCUCCGGUGAUGAGUUACCUUCAAGAAAGAUGUGGCAAAAAACGCGAUUACAUGGGACGUUUGGUGAAUCCUGAAAUGUCGUGUAUAAACUUCGCAUUAAAAGAAUACGCGUCCCUGCCUUGUAUUCAUGAUAUCGAUAUCGACGAAUGGGAGCAAAUCCAGAAUGAAGAGGUUGAAAAUGGUAGCUCGUUACAGUCUCAUAUUUAUCAUUUGAAACGUCGUGUUUGGCGUUCAAAACGUUUUCAUCGAGUUGCAUUCAACGAUUUGAAAUGUUUGGUUGAUCUCAUGAAAUCAUUGGAGAUAAAGUGCCCAAUAGUCAUUGCACCUAGUCUGAUGAAAAAUCAUCGUUAUUCGAAAAUCAUGUUUCAAGUGGUUCGCAAAGACAGUGUCAAUUAUGGAGGAUUGAAGAAUGAAGUGAUGGCAGCUGGCGGACGAUACGAUGAUUUAAUUACCGUUUGCAAGCAAGAUUGCGAAAUCAAGCGUCGAGCUCGACAAUCCGCCGUUGGCCUCACAAUCUACCUUGAUCAAUUCGUCGAUAUGCUAGGACCAGAGAAUAAAUUCUUGUCGAAAUUCGAAGUGCUUGUUUGCUCCGCUAACGCGAAUGAGUUACUAAAAGAGAAGUUGGAUUUGGCCAAGAAGCUAUGGGCAGCUAAAAUUCGCUGUACUGUUUCUUACGUUGAGCAUAAAAGUUUGGAAGAAAUUCAGGGAUAUUGUCGAGAGAUGAAGAUACAUUACAUCCUUUUUCUAGAAAAAACCAAACUGGAUAAAGUUACAUUAUGUUCUCGGAUGCCUGGCGGAAGGUUUCAAAAAAAAAGUUUCGCCGUGAAGGAAGUUGUACCUCAUUUGAAAAAGACAAUCAAAGUCAACUAGAAGCCGGUUAAUUAGCAAUUCGUGCCAUAUUUUAAUUUUUGUGAUUUUUUUCUGUGUUAUUGAAUAGAAGACAGUACGUCUACGUACCUGUGAAUAUUAAUGUACCUACCUAUUGUACUCGUAAGUACACAUGUAUUGAAGUGUUGAUUAUUUUGUGAUACGUUCGUGAAUAAUUUUAUUUUGAAACUUUCGUUUGUUUUUUAAUAAAUGUUUUUCUCGC